AUGCAUGAUUAUAUCGUCGUGUCUAGAAACCCUAAAGAGAUUGUUGAACCUUCUAUAGAAGCUCAUGUAGAUGCUAGGGUUUCUGAAGGUCUUCGAUCUAAGAAAGAUGUUGAUAGUGUUGGUAUUUCUGGAGAUGGUAAUAAUGAUGUUGAUACUUCUUUUGAGUCCUCUAAUCAUGUUUCUAAGCAAUCUUCUUCUAAGGAAGCCUCUGACUGGGGUUCAAGAAGUGCAAGCCUAUGGAAGUAUGUUGUAAAACGAAAUAUUGUAGAUGAGAAAGAAUUAUCUUAUCGUACUCAAGAAUGUGCUAAGCUUAUGGAAUUGAUUCAAACUAAGGUACACAUUAGGCGACAUGCUUUCGAUUUCUCUGCUGCUGUGAUCAACCAAUUUCUUUGUCGUAAUGUGCCUGAAAAUGUGAGAGAACAACAUCCCUCUUUAAGAGAUUUGGUGUUUGAGUUGACUGGAGGAGCUCGUUCCACUUGGCCACAUAAGGGUCAACUAUCUACAACUGCCUUAAGUGUUAAGUAUGUCCUUUUGCAUAGGAUUGGAAGUUAUAACUGGUGUCCUUCUUUGCACAAAUCUAGUUUGUCUAUUGCUCUUGCUUCCUUAAUGUAUAAGAUCAGGACUAGAUCACAGUUCAAUUAUAGUGUGUUUGUAAUCAAUCAGAUUAAAUGUCAGAUUGGGUUCAUAGCUCUGAAAUUCUCUAGUUGUUUUCCUUACCUUAUAUGUGGUAUCCUAUUGUCACAGAAGCUUGAUCUUCUUACCAUUUCAGAUGUUGUUGUUCCAUCUCCAAGUCUCUUCUUCAUCAAUCAUUAA